AUGGGCGGUGCCAGCGGCCCUGCUCUGGCAGCCGCGGUAUCCAAUGCCGGCGGCUUGGGUAUUCUCGGCGCAGCCGCCUGUGGACCGACUCAGCUGCGUCAGUGGAUACGUGAAACCCGCGAAUUGACAGACAAACCUUUUGGCGUCGACACGUUGCUGCCAGCUUCCGUACGGCGCGCCAGUUAUGACUCAGAUGCGGGUCCGACACCGUCUGAUCUGCUCCCCGAACGCCUCGAGUUUGCGCAGGCUUUCAUGCGUAAAGAGGGCCUGGAGCCGGUCACAGCAAAAGAUCUUGAAGAACGAUCUGUUCCCGGUGAACCGGCAAUUUUCACUAAGGAAUUUUUUGAAGCCCAGAUGCAGGUGGUCAUUGAAGAACGGGUACCUGUAUAUGCGUCGGGUCUGGGCAAUCCGGGCCCAUGGAUGGCGGAGCUGCGCGCAAAUGGCACCAAGGUGAUGGCGGUGAUCGGCGCGGUGCGCCAUGCGAUCCAGGUGAAAUCUUCCGGGCUCGAUGUGAUUGUGGCCCAGGGGCACGAUGGUGGUGGCCAUAACUCGCCGAUUGGCACCAUGGCGCUGAUUCCUCAAGUGGUAGACGCUGUGGGCGAUACGCCGGUGUUAGGUGCGGGCGGCAUUGUCGAUGGUCGCGGGGUUGCCGCGGCCAUGAUGCUGGGUGCCCAGGGCGUAUGGAUUGGGUCAGCCUUUCUGGCCUCUGAAGAAGCCAACAUUUUCCCUUUUCAGAAACAGGCCAUUAUCGAUGCCACCGAAGAAGGCACCGCGAUAUCUCGCUCUGUCACAGGCAAGCCGGCGCGCAUUAUCCGCAGCAAAUGGACUGACUACUGGGUGAAAGAAGGUGUGGAGCCGUUACCCAUGCCUUAUCAGGGUGCAGUCUCUGGUCCUGUGAUGGCCGCUGCAACCCGUGCGGGUCGCGGUGACAUCAAUCCUGGUUUCGCUGGCCAGGGCAUUGGCAUGAUUAAAGCCGUUAGACCUGCCAAAGACAUCUUUGAUGAUCUGGUAUACGGUACUGAAAAGGCGUUAGCCCAGGCGAAAACCUGGGGCUAA